CGGGCUCGCGGCCGCCGGGUGACUCGCUCCCGCUCCCGCUGUGUUGCGCUGCGCGGUUAUUCCACUCGCCACUCUCUGUCCGUCGGUACUUGUCGGCUCGCUGUCAUAUAUUUUCCUGUCGAAGCGCGCUCGCCUUUUCAUCUUUUUAUUGCAGAUCGACCACAAUGUCGCCGGUUAGACUGACAUCAGUCGUAGUCAAAUGACAAUAACUAGAUUAAAGUGUCGGGAGCGCUCAUGAGACAGUCGUGUCAUCGUUUGCUGGAACAUCAACACCCGGGAGGGGAGGAACCCCCUCUGUACUCACCCAUAGACCAAAUUUCAGUGGUACCAGACCAUGUGGGCCGGGAGGCCGGAGGCAAGCUGACACGAUAUGCGACGACGGAGGAAGACGAGACCACACUCAGGGAGCUACUACUUAGCCUACAGAGACAGGUGAGCAUAAUGAGCAUGAAUCUAUCCGCCAAGCUGGAUGACCUGCAACGAGGGGACCGUCAGUUGGAGACGACGGUGGCGCUCUGCGAGAUCCGCACGCAGCUCCAAGAGUUGACCAAGAGCGUCGAGUCAUGCCAGAGUGAGGUCUCCGAGGUGAAACGUGACAUGGUCGCCAUCAAGCAAGAGUUGGACACGGUGCAACAAGUGAAGGAGGAAAUCGAAGAGUUGCGUGAAUACGUCGACCGACUCGAGGAACACUCCCAGCGAAGGAAACUCAGACUGCUUGAACAGGGCCUUACCUUCUUCCUGUCGUACGCAAUCCUCGCUGCGGUCCUGGGUAUGCUGCAGUUCGGGUACAACACUGGUGUCAUCAACGCUCCUGGCAAGAACAUCGCAAACUUCAUGAAGGAUGUAUACAAGAACCGGUACGGCAUGGACCUCCAAGACGACACGGUGAACAGGCUUUACUCUAUAGCAGUCAGUAUCUUUGCUAUCGGUGGUAUGCUGGGCGGAUUCUCGGGUGGCAUGAUCGCGAACAGAUUUGGAAGGAAAGGGGGCUUACUGCUAAACAACAUUCUCGGGAUCAGCGGCGCGAGUCUGAUGGGGUUCACGAAAAUAUCACACUGCUACGAACUCCUCAUAUUCGGCAGGUUCAUCAUAGGAGUCAAUUGUGGGUUAAACACAUCAUUAGUGCCAAUGUACAUAUCGGAGAUAGCUCCUCUAAACUUGCGUGGAGGUUUGGGCACGGUCAACCAGCUGGCCGUCACCGUAGGACUACUUCUCUCACAAGUCCUGGGCAUCGAACAGAUCCUCGGUACCGACGAAGGAUGGCCUAUACUACUUGGUUUGGCGAUCUGCCCAGCGAUACUGCAACUUUUGUUACUGCCAGCGUGUCCGGAGUCACCGCGAUAUUUGCUUAUCACCCGCCAGUGGGAGGAGGAGGCUCGACGAGCUCUAAGACGACUACGGGCCAGUAAUCAGGUUGAAGAAGAUAUUGAAGAAAUGCGUGCAGAAGAACGAGCGCAGCAAGCAGAAGCAUCUAUCUCAAUGAGGGAACUUCUAUGUUCUCCGACGUUACGCGCACCAUUACUCAUCGGUGUCGUCAUGCAGUUAUCCCAACAACUCAGCGGCAUCAACGCAGUAUUCUACUACUCCACCUCGCUGUUCACCUCUUCGGGCCUGACGGACGAAUCUGCAAAGUUCGCAACAAUGGGUAUCGGAGCCAUCAUGGUUGGCAUGACCCUGGUUUCCCUGCCACUCAUGGACCGCACUGGGAGACGGACGCUGCAUCUCUACGGCCUCGGGGGAAUGUUCAUCUUCUCUAUUUUCAUCACCAUUUCAUUUCUAAUAAAGGAGUUCUUCGGCUAUGUGCAGGAAAUGAUCGAUUGGAUGAGCUACUUGUCCGUGGUGUCGACGCUGAGUUUCGUGGUGUUCUUCGCGGUGGGUCCCGGCUCCAUUCCCUGGCUCAUCACUGCCGAGCUGUUCUCGCAGGGCCCUCGCCCUAGCGCGAUGGCUAUCGCCGUAUUAGUUAAUUGGAUGGCCAAUUUCGUUGUCGGAAUCGGCUUUCCUAGCAUGAAGGCACUACUGGAAAACUAUACAUUCCUGCCUUUUAGUGUAUUCCUUGCAAUUUUUUGGAUAUUUACGUAUAAAAAAGUUCCUGAAACAAAAAAUAAGACCUUCGAAGAGAUAUUGGCACUGUUCCGGAAUUCCAACGGGAGUAUCGGAGCAGUCUUCGGGUGGGGGGGAGGCAGGCCGGCCUCCGCCGCCGCUGCCUCCGCCGAGGUUCCCCACCACAGGCAAUGUCUGACAAUGGGAGACCGCUGCGAGGGCGCCGCUCGUCGCCCCAAUCAAGGCCGCCGCCAGCUUCUUGUUUCAUGGGCUCAGACGUCAAGCCGGCGGCCGUGCCACCAUUACUACCACACAACAAAUGUUCUAAAUCGAUGUGAUUAGGUAUAAAUUCAAACUAGUAAAUAAGUCACGGCGUAAAUUAAACAUACCUAGUUCUUUAGUCGUCAUUUUAUGACAUAAUUUAUGAAAAAAAAAUGCAUAGGUACCCUGUAAAGUGCCAUCGUUUCUUGUACCCAUUUUAAUUAGAUCUUCUCAUGGUGAAUUUUAUUGAGUACUUCGGGGUCUGGGGUUGGGUAAUUACGGUCUACAGAUUAUAGCUUCCGAUACCUAUUUAUAAAUUUACUUAUAAGAAUGUUGCGACGGCGCGCGCGAGAGGUUCAAUAUAAAAUAGUAGAUUUUAUCGAGUACUAGAGAGUGCGCUGGUCAGACGUGAGAGAAGGCACGCGUGUAUCUGGCUGGCUGUACGCUGUACGCUGUACGCUGUACGCACUGCUCUGAGCCAACAAAUCCUAUGUAGAGUUAAACACUUAAAAUGGGUACGCUGACUGUACUUGUGCUGACGUCACGAACAUGUAUAGAAACAUGUAAACACAAUAUGCUGUGACUUUAUUGUAUUGUUGAUUUUUAUUCAAUUUAUCUGAAUAUUAUAAUAAUUAUAUUAUUUAAAAAAGUUGUUUAUUAUCUUUUUACUCGUAAAUUAUUGUUAUAUUAUACAAAUGAAUAUGAAGUCAUAUCCAGAUGACAGAUAUUAUUAGUUAAUACAACAGAUGUAAUAGAGACAUAUUAUUGAAGAGUAACAGUGAACAGAUUGCACUAGUUUGCAUUCGGGAAUUGAUUACGAUAAACGUGGAAGAAGAAACUGUACGUUACAUAACAGAAUAUAACCUGAUAUACACGAUGUUGUUUUGGAUUCUAAUUAUGUUGACAUUCUUUUGUAGAAUAAGAGAUAAUAAGAGAAAUUAUCUUUUUAAUUGAUGAUUAAAAUGAAUAGCGUUAUAGUAAGUUAUACAAUUUUGUGGAGACUUUAAUAAUGUAAUGCUUUUAACUUAUACGCCCCUAGAAAGAGAAAAAAUACUUACUUAUUAAUUAGGUUUCAGUAGUUACUACAGGGUUAUAGUCAAUUUGUGCGUCCGUGCGUUCGUAUACUGCUCAAUUCAAUAUUAUUAAGACUAAGAUGAUCUUUAGUGUGUCGUGAUUGGUGCAGUAAGCACGGCCUAAUAUUAAAAAAUGUGUGUACGUCGCUGACGAUGAUUGCUAUCAUUUAACGCAAUAAUUGGCUCAAAUGAUUUGUCAUCUCGUAUAUAGAGAGGUAGGUCGCGUGACGCGCGGCUAACGCUAAACUCGCAAUCGAGGGAUAUUAAAUAAAUCGAUAGAUUUUAGGGUGUCUUACACGGACGCGCGGCGCCCGCCUCUACCCCGCGCGGUCGCGGCCGUGUCACACAUCCCGCGAUCGUCUUAAUUCUAAAUUAACUAUAAGACUAAAAUAUUUUCCAAAUAAAAUAAUAAGAAAUUAUAAUAAAGAAUAUAAUUGUACAAUUUGCAACAAUAAUGACAUUUUUAAUUUAUAAGCAAUAAGUAGAUGGGAAUGUAAUUUUUAAUUGGUGUAGCAUUCGACAUUUUUGUAUUGUAAUAAGUCACAGUAGAUUUUUUGUAAGUUAUAUUUUUAUGAAUAAUGUUAUUAUUACGUUAGUGGGCGGCACACGAUGAGAUCGGUGCCGCCGACGGCAGGGCCAACGGGUCAGGAUUAAUGUCGCUAGACCUCGUAGCGGAUGCUAUUGGCGAUAGCAAUAGAGACUGUGUCUCAAAAUCAUAUGGUAUAAAAUAAAUUAGACUUAAAGCAACGGUUAUUGGUUGUUCCGAUAUUUCGGUGUUAUUAUAGUUUUACGGUCGAAAGCCCGAAGAUUGUUCGAAACCAAUGUCCGCGCAAAUUUAGCACAAAUUUGUACUAAACAACGCACAAACGAGGUUUCAGUUCACAUACGCAUAUGGAAGGAAAAAAGCGUACUGAUUUGUAAUUAAUUUUUGUAAUUUACUAUUUUAUAUAAUUUAGGUUACAUUUGCUAAAUGUAACAUCGCCAUUACGCCGUGUCACAUUAGACUGAAAAGUACAUUAAAGGGACGUAAAUUUAAUUUUUGAUUGAACUAAUGAAGUCAAUAAAUAAUAAACAAUUCAAUAAUUAUUCGUAAAUGUAACAUUACCGUCGAAUUAAAGUUAAUGUAGCGUUACUGAUCAGUGCGCAUCACACUACUUUAGUUACAUUUCUGAAGGCUGUGAUCUUUGUGAAUGUGCAUACAAUAAUGACCGUAUCAUUAGGUAAGUUUACACUCAACGACCCGUGUGACCAUGGAAUAUGUUUCCGUUUAUCUUCGGGCAAGCGAUAGCGAGUAACUUGUAAAUAAAUUUAAUGUAAGUACAAAUCAGUACAAGAUUCAGUCGAGCCAAUGCGACGGACGCAACAACUUUACCAUUUUCAAUAUUCUAUGUUACAUUUUCAAAUAAUAUAAUGCGUUAACUCUUGAUAAUAAUAGAGUUGUAAUACACUGUUGUGUUACAUUGUUGAAUAUUUAAUAUGACUUAAUUUUUUCAUUUCUAUUUUUAUAUUAUAUUAUAUUUUUGUUAUAGAUAUUUUUUGCUAGAAAGUUAUCCCUCUAUCAAAAAGUUUGAACCUGAGAUAUUUAUAGAGAUUCUAUGUAUAGUAAAAUUAUUAUAGAUGAAUACUUAUUAUUAUAGGUAGAUGAAUUUCGUUACAAACCUUAUAAAAUUAUUUAUAUCAUGUUGCGAAGAAUUAGAUAAAAAUCUAAGUGAUAAAUAAGCAUUGGAUCGAUUGAACUUAAAGCCCAUUACUAUUAGAACCAAUCUAAAUAACUUUUAUAUAAUUGUAAAGGCAUUGUCUGGUAGAACUUGAGACGUACGAAUUGACGAAUACAUACCCUGGAAAAAGAUAUUUUUCAAAUUGUGUAGUGUGGACCUUAAUGCAUUGUAAGCGUCAACUAGUUCUUGUAAGAUUGGCAGGCCUCCGCAAAUUCGACCCUGGCAUAAAUUAUUUCAUUGACGUUGCAAAGAAACUAAUACUAUAAUGGAUUUAAUACAAUAAGAUGAGAAAAAGACUGCAACAUGGCUGUAAUUUUCCUGCAAUGUCAACUGAGACGUUUUGAUGUAUUAGAUUUGAAAUGUCCCAGAUUUUUCCCCUACGUCCUAAAUAAAUAUAAUGCAACAAUCAAAAUUGUAACAUGUUCCACUGUUCUAAAAUGGUCACAUGUUUCACUUGCAGUACUGUAAUGGUGUGAUUCAUCAACACGUCCCACAUGCCUACGACCCAUUCAGAACGACUUGCAAAAAAUCAAAAUAUAUAUUAUUUUCAUUCUGUAAUUCGUCACACGUUACUUUCUAAUUGAGAAAGGUACAAUACUAAUUAAAACAUUGAAGGUCAGAUUAUUGUAUGAUUAUGAUGAAUAGACCUUUUGAAAUAUAUGUAUUUGUUAGAGUGGCGGUUUGUUUUCUUUAGAUAAUCGCUUGUAAAUGCGAACAUCGAGAACUUGAUGUUACUACUAAUAAAACCACUUUGUGUAAUAGUACUCGUUAGUAUUUUACAGAACAAUCUAUGAACAAAAUGAAAUUAAAUAUAAACUAUAAAAUAAUAUUAAAAUUAUAUUGUCUAACUGACUGUACCAAACGUUUAUAAAGCUUAAAACCCCACCCAAAAAGUGAUGUGGGACGAGUUGCAGAAUGAAAAUAAUAUAUAUUUAAAUAUUCUGCAAGUUGUCCCAAAUAGGCCGUAGGCAUGUGAGACGAGUUGAUGAAUCUCUCCUGUAAUUUUGUAUGAAAUACAUUACGCCGGGGUUGCAGUACAAACAGUAAAGCGAUGGAAUAGUAUGCAGUUACAAAGAUUUCGUCCGUAGGUACUUUUAGAUAUUUUGUACAAUGUAAAAGAGUGGUUAGCAACUCGAUUCGGAACAGAGUUAUAUAACAGGAUAUGAUUGUUUUUGGAAUUGAUUUUUUAAAGUUGGUUAUAUACAUUAUAUUAUUAUCAUCUACACGAGAUAUUAUUAAUUGUUAAGGGGUCGAUAGUAUCGGAUUGAUUUGAUGGGAACACAGAAAGUACUAGAGAUGUCCAGUUGCUAAUGACUCUUUUGUGAGUUUCUCAUUUUACUGCAGAUAUUGUCAGCUACAAGUAUAGUAUGUUAUUGCGCGACGGACGUUUCGUUUAGUGUUAUUGGUAUGUUGAUACUGCUCUCGAACCAAUACCGCGUUAGAAGAUGUAGAGUGAUAGUGAAUUUUUUUAUAUCGAUGUAAGUGUCUGUAGUAGAGUGACGAACUGGAGCACAUGUCGAGUUGGUUGUAAUGUAAUGGGCGCCGACCGCACGAAGUGUGUGUGUAAAGUAGGUGGUUCUGUCUCGUGGCGACGAUCGACGUACGGACGUACAGAUCAACGAACGCUAGUAUAUGCCCUGUUACUUUCUAAAAAGCACUCUCCGCAAUUUAUGCCACUAUUAAAUAUCUGAUGCGUUUGAGUUUCAAUAAAAGGAGGAUACUCCGAACUUGUACAAAAUAAACUUGUAAAAUUUUAUUGGAACUACUUGUUAUAAAAACAUUAAAAAUAUACAAAAAAAAAUA